UUUACUCCUCUCUAUAAAUAAGAGUACAUCUUAAUUAUAAGAGUACAUCUUUAUAUCUGUGAACUGUGAACAUCAUCAUCACAAUUAAGAUGAGUAGUGCAACAAGCAAGGCUUGGAUUGUGGCAGCGAGUGUUGGAGCCGUGGAGGCUUUGAAGGACCAGCUGGGUGUGUGCAGGUGGAACUAUGUUUUGAGAUGUGCUCAGCAGCACAUGAAAAACCACUUUAGAUCCUUGUCUCAAGCAAAAAAUGUUUCUUCUUCAUCUGCUCUUGUUGCAAGCAAAUUAAAGGGUGAUGAGAAGGCUAAAAAGGCUGAAGAGUCCUUGAGGACUGUCAUGUACUUAAGCUGCUGGGGUCCUAACUGAUCUUAAAGGAGAGAGAUUUUCUUAAUUGCUGGGGAUUAAUUGUGAUUUGAAAUGAAUAUUGCUUUGUGUAAAUAGAGAUAUGAUAGAUUGUAUGAAAAUUGUAAUGCCAAACAAUAUUAAUUAAUAUACUAUUCAAUGAUGAAAGUGUCUUCAUCAGAUA